AUACCCGGAAGUUUCCGUUCCACUCGCCGCUCACAGAGGUUCAAGAAUUGGUCUGAUGGAGCAAAGGCACUCAGCGCAGCUCGGUGCAAAAAGGCAACAAUGCGACCAGUGUGCAUACAGCACGGAUCGUGCUAUAAACUUGAUAGAGCACCAGAGAACACACACAGGAGAGAAACCCUUCAAGUGCAGUGUGUGUGAGAUGGCAUUUGCAUGGUCAUCAAAUCUUAAAAAACACCAGAGAACACACACGGGAGAGAAACCCUUCAAGUGCACUGUGUGUGAGAAGGCAUUUGCACGGUCAUCAGUUCUUCAGAGCCACCAGAGAACACACACAGGAGAGAAACCCUUCAAGUGCACUGUGUGUGAUAAGGCGUUUUCACAGUCAACAAUUCUUCAAAGCCACCAGAGAACACAUACGGGAGAGAAACCCUUCAGAUGCAGUGUGUGUGGGAAGGCAUUUUCAGUUUCUUCUACUCUUAAAAAUCACCAGAGAACACACACAGGAGAUAAACCCUUUAAGUGUACUCUGUGCGGGAAGGCGUUUGCACAGUCACCACAUCUUCAAAGACACCAGAUAACACACAAGCAUCAGAAGACCCCGAAUGAGUGGAGUCUGAAAUCGGUUUGUGUAAGUAAAAUUGCUGCAAUGAGCCCAUCCCUCAUAAAACAAGAACCAGAAGAAACCCCAGCUUGGACACUGAAAGGUAUCAAGGUGAAAUAUGAAGAGGUGAAGGUGAAAUGUGAAGAAGUGACAGUGAAGAGCGAAGAAGUGAAGGUAAAAUGUGAAGAUGAAGAUUCAAAUCCAACAUUGGACCUUCACAUGGAUGAAGGCGACGUGAAGCAGGAGGAGAAUUCUGACUGUGAGGCAGAGCGAAGAAACUCCCAGCAGUUUGUGGAAGUGGAGGUGUGGGUGGACUUCCUAGACAAUACAAAGUCAAAUGGAGACCCGGUAGAUGUGCAAACUUGAGACAAUAAAGCUCCAAUAGAUUCAUCUUUGUCACAUGUCUUUAAUGAAAAUAAUGUGAAGUUUAACACUCAAUUCCUAGGUUCAAACUGGAAAGUGAGAUGCAGCCAUUAUUUGUGGACCUGUGGGUUGGGUAGAUAUCUAACCAGGAGCGAGAGUCAAUAAGCUCCCAAGCAUUCACUAUGUUAUGAUAAUAAUUGCAUUUAUAUGGUGCUUGCUUAAUUGCCUCAUCAACUCAGAGUUUCGUAUCAUAUCUCAUCACAAACACUCGAAGAGUACACCCAAGUGGCAGCUGCCUCUGUGUGGCAACAGGUGGCCCUGCACGAGCCUGCAUGUGGGCAUGAGUCUGUCAAUAGGGGGCGAUGAUUGAUGUGUAACCUCAGUUGUGUAAUUUGUGGGUAAUGUUUCGAACUUGACAAAUUUUGACCACGACGCCAGCAUGCAAUGGCCUCGUUUUAAAUGACACGAAUGUAUGUUUUACAUCCAAUAUUGAGCAGAUGGUGCAUUUGUAUUUAAUGUUCCUGGACUAACCAAGGGUGCCUGUCGGAUUUGAACCUUUAACCUCUGCUACAAAUGCACGACCACUUGUCUUCCCUCAAUCUGAGUGCUGCAGGUGUAGACCUCAUCCAGACAGAAAUUAACUUCUAAAUAUAAUAUAACAUGAUGAAGUACAUUUCGGUACAGUAAUGACAUUUUAUCACUAUGCCUAUCGAUCAUUUGAAUUAUCAUUUUACGUACACUUGUCUGAUUGUGUGUCAGCCUGAAGGGUAAUUGCGGGUAUGGGCAAGGUUCGGUAACUAAUAAAGGGGGCGUAUCUGGGUUAAAGUUAAAAGGUGGGGUUAGUCGGGAAGCUCCGGGAACAUGGAUCAUUCAUCAGUUACAAGGCAUACCACUUAAAAUGUAUGUAUAGGAGAUACAUUCUCCACAACACGAUUUCUAAUUUUGUAUUACGUGUUUACAGUGAGGGAAAAAAGUAUUUGAUCCGCUGCUGAUUUUGUACGUUUGCCCACUGACAAAAAAAUGAUCAGUCUAUAAUUUUAAUGGUAGGGUUAUUUGAACAGUGAGAGACAGAAUAACAACAAUAUCCAGAAAAACGCAUGUCAAAAAUGUUAUAAAUUUAUUUGCAUUUUAAUGAGGGAAAUAAGUAUUUGACCCCCUCUCAAUCAGAAAAAUGUAUGUUGAGACACCACCAAUAACACCACCAAUAACAUCCCACAGGUGGCGUGCACUGAAUCAAUGAUGCACUCCCAGAAGACUCCUAUUUAUAGUUUGCCUUAAACAUUCCUUUGUUUCGUGCAGAUACCGAUAAAUUAAAGAUACGUCGUGUCUGCUGAUUUGUUUCAUAGCAAGGAGGUAAUUUUAUGAGCACAUUUGAUAUAGGAAUUUGUUACAGAUUUGUAUUCAGUUAUAAGGCAGAGCACAUCGAGGAGAUACGUUCCCAAGAUAUUUAAGUUUUUACAUUUUACAUCUAUGUUUAUUGUGUAGAUAGAGUUUUACUCAUAAAUUGUAAACCUAGGUAUUUUCAUGUGUUUAUGGUUGCUUUACAUGAUAACAUGUCACCUGUCCUGUUCAUGUAACACUUAAAAAAAUCAGUAAAAGGGUUAUAUAAAUAAAACAAAUUUACGAAA